UCAAUAUAUUUUACAGAAAGAAGAAGAAAACGUCAGUCAGUAAACAAAAACAAGGAACGAGAGUGAUACUCUUAAUACAAAUUUGUAGCUUUUUAAAGGUUUGUUUGAAUCGACAAUAUAAUGAAAUAAUUUAACUUUUUACAACAAUAAAAUAUUGAGAUGGAGGGCUCCAAGUCGAGCACAACCAUGCAGGUGAGCUUCGUGUGUCAGCGAUGCUACCAGCCGCUGAAACUGGACAAGUCCUUCAAUGUACUCGACCGAGUCACCAUCCUCGAGCUCACGGCGCCGUUGGUCACGGUGACACCCAGCAAGCAGGCUGACAGCAGCGAGGGAGAACCAGCACCAGAGGAAACUUUUGUAGAAAACAAGCAGGAUGGAGUGUCAAGAAAAUACAUCCCUCCUGCGAGGAUGAUGUCAACAGAAAGCGCCAACAGUUUCACACUGAUUGGAGACGCUUCAGAUGGCGGCACCAUGGAAAACCUGAGCCGAAGACUUAAGGUUACCAGUGAUCUGUUUGACAUCAUGUCUGGUCAGACUGAUGUGGAUCACCCUCUGUGUGAGGAAUGCACGGACACUCUGUUGGAUCACCUGGACACACAGCUCAACAUUACAGAGAACGAGUGCCAGAAUUACAAGCAGUGUCUGGAGCUGCUGUCAAACCUCCAGGCAGAAGACGAGAAGACGCUCCUCUCAGAGCUGCAGCAGCUGAAAGACGAGGAGGCCACUCUGGUCCAGGAGCUGGAGGCUGUGGAGGAGCAGAGAGCUGCCGUGGCUCAGGACUUAACCCAAAGCAGGAUCCAGUCCCAGCAACUGGACACGGAGGAGCUACAGUACCAAAAAGAAUACAGCGAGUUCAAACGACAGCAGCUAGAGCUGGACGACGAGCUGAAGAGCGUCGACAACCAGAUGCGAUACUGUCAGAUCCAGCUGGACCGACUGAAGAAGACCAACGUUUUUAAUGCAACAUUUCACAUCUGGCACAGCGGCCAGUUUGGUACCAUCAACAACUUCCGACUGGGUCGACUUCCCAGCGUUCCCGUGGAGUGGAACGAGAUCAACGCGGCGUGGGGGCAGACGGUGCUUCUGCUGCAUGCUCUGGCCAACAAAAUGGGGCUGUGUUUUCAAAGAUACCGGCUUGUUCCAUAUGGAAAUCACUCCUACUUAGAGUCACUAACAGACAAAUCAAAGGAACUUCCCCUGUACUGCUCCGGAGGUCUGAGGUUCUUCUGGGACAAUAAAUUUGAUCACGCCAUGGUGGCCUUCCUGGAUUGUGUCCAGCAGUUCAAAGAAGAGGUGGAAAAGGGCGACACCGGUUUCUGCCUCCCGUAUAGGAUGGACGUUGAGAAAGGAAAGAUAGAGGACACGGGAGGCAGCGGCGGCUCCUACUCCAUCAAAACCCAGUUCAACUCUGAGGAGCAGUGGACCAAGGCCCUCAAGUUUAUGCUUACCAAUCUGAAAUGGGGCCUGGCCUGGGUCACCUCUCAGUUCUACAACAAAUAAACAGAUUCUGGACUUAAUCAGCCCUAAUGAAUACAAAUAUGUGAUUAUGAAAGUUGAAUAAAAAACUAAAAAUAACUAAAA